AUGUCAGUCGAAGCAAAAACAUUCACGAACAAAUCUAAUGGCGAAACAUUCACAAAAGGCACUUAUAACGGUAUUGAAGUCUUACGUAGAGACAAGGAUGGUUACAUUAAUGCAACAAAGAUGGCAAGAGAAGCAGGAAAGUUAAACCAUUUAAACAGAUUUCUCAAUAGUGCUAAAAUGCAGGAAAUUCUUGAGUUUUGGUUGAAAGAAUACGGUCGAGCCAAAAGUGGCUCAACCUCAAAACAAGCAUUUUAUGAGCUUACUAAGGGCGUUAUGAAUGAAUUCAAAGGUAUUUACAUACAUGCUGACCUCGUUCAUUUUGUUGCUGAAUGGUGCUCUGUAAAGUAUGCAUUUUAUGUCAAAGAUAUUAUGGACUCCAUAGACAAGAAAGUUCAUGAGAAGUUAGAUGAAGAAGAACUCGAAGAUACAGUGGAGAAUGCUAAACCUUUGUUCGAAGAAGAAGUUGGAAAAAUGUGUGAAAAACAAUUAGAACAUGAACGUGAGAUAUGUUAUGGUUAUAGAGAUUCUCCAUACGAACUAGACCAAUGGGAACAAGAAGAUUUAAAGAGAGAAUUUAGAGAAUAUGAACUCGCUAAGAUAGCAUUUGAAGCUGCAGAAAAGAAGUUAAAAGUUUGGGGUCGUUUUGUAAAAAAAAAUAUUGUGAGUAAAUGA